ACUGACGGUUCCAUACUAAAUAUGAAUUGCAAUGAUUAUUAUACAUAAGCCUCAAAGGCUGAAAGGCAAAGAAAUUUCUAGUAGAUGAUUGCCUUUGUUGUUUCAGUUUUAUUUUGUAUUUCUGUGUGUAAGCUUUUAUUUAAGGCGACAUCUUGUGCUGCGAAUAUACGUUUUAAUUGGACAUCUUUAGGCAAAAAAUGGAGAAGGCUGAAAAUUGGCAAAGCAAAUACUGUAGAGUUUGAAACAACGUCCUCAGCGGACUACUAUUGGACUGUGCUCGCUUUUGGAGCAGCAGAUGUUCGUGGAUGUAGCCAUUUGCUGCGAAAAGGGUUUACACGUUCAUAAAGUGGUUCUGGCUGCCAACAGUCCUUGUUUAAGCCAGGACAUUACAAAUGAAACAUUGGAAAAUCUGACAUUUGACUUCCCCUUACCUGCCGAGAAGAUAGUGAUUCCCAAGCCCCAGUUUCUCUCCAAAAAGCCCGAAUACCCUGCGCCAGCUUCGUCCAGCAAUCUGUACAAUCCCUACAAAGACAAUAGAAAGCUCCUUAUAGAAGCUGAACACCGGGCAUGUGUUAAGGAAGCCGAGGCUAGUAGAUCGGCUAUUGCUAACCUGACAAAAGAGAUGGUAUCUGCCCAACAUGCUAAUUCUUUCAUCAUUGAAGAAACUUGCUCAGAGACCACAGUUGAGAAUUUCAUCCCGCAUCCUACAGUAGGAUUUGGUGCUGGUCAAGUGUUUUUGCCCACUGACCCAAAAGUGUCCAACAAUGUCAUUCAGUCGACCAUACCCAGUAGCUCUGAAGAACUUACUGCUGAUCUAUUGGGAAAUGAAGCCCACUCUAGUGUGAAGAUACUGUUCAAGACCAGUGAUGGAAGCUUUCGUCACUGUUAGUGACGAAGUUCUCCAGAAUCUUCAGAAGGAUGAUAUGCAAUAUCAAGUGAUAGACGAAGUUGAAAAAUUAGGCGACGUUCAGGAUUUGCAACUGACAAAGGAUAUGACCAAUGCGGCAGCUGGAGAUAUACCACUUUUUCCGGAAACUUUUGAUCUAUUCGGCAAUGCUCAAACAGACUCGGCAAUAUCACCAAUGAACCACGUGAAGUAGUGGAUAACGCUGGUGCUUUGAUCGACCCGGAAAACGUAGGGAUACCUUCACUGGACACUGAAGGGUUGAAUGAGAGCUAUCCAGUCGAAAAGCAUAAACGAAGCAUGCCUAGUUUGGACUUUUCUCCUGAUAUGUUUUUCGCUGACUGAUAACAAGAGGAUUUGUUUGGAAGAGGACACCUCGAAGCAGUGACAUGUUGU